UUCAAACUCGAGCCAAACAUUCUUUCGGAUCGAGGCGCUUCUCGCGGGGGAUCUCUGGUUGCCUCCAGUGGUCGUGGUGGUCGCCGGACGCACGCAGUGAAACGUUACUGUCGGCCAACACAUUUUUCUGCUGACAAACCCGGAAGUUGUUCGUCUCUCUCCCUCUGACUGGAAGUGCUCCUCCGGUUCUUAUAACCCCACCGUUUGUUGGAUAAAGGUGUGAGCGUUGACACGGUGUGCACAUGUGUGUGUGGCCCGAGGGCGCUCGGGGGUGAUGUACGGUCCGUACCAGUAUCGGAGGGCGUUGGAGGACGAACUCUAUCGGGACGCUGGAUGGGAUGAAUCUGGUGAAUCUGAUGGGUCGGAGGCCAACAGCGAGCUGGAGUUCCACCUCUACAGCCAGCUCCACUACUCCUCCAACGCCGGGGCGCUGGAGGAGCAGGGGGAGGACAGGGUGGAGACGGAGGGCCCGGACAGCCAGCAGCAUGAGGCGCCCCAGGAGACGGUAGAACUGGAUUGUAGGCCCCCCUCACCCGAUUUGAAUAAUUUACUAGAAUGCCUGCGGAAAAAGAAGAAGAAGCAAGACAAACUCCGUAGACAGAAGACGGGGAACGCGAACGGUCCAAAGUCGUUUUCAUCAUUUAUCGAAGAGGUCAUCGUGAUCGACUCCGGCCCCGACGUCAUCUCCAUCUCAGAGAAUGACAACAACGCUGACGACGAUGAAGGGGUCUGCGCCUUGAAGGGCCGAAGCUUACGCCGGCUGCAGACUUCCACCCCGGCCCAACAGGGCCGCCAGAAAAGGAGUCUCAGUUUGCCGGUGACGGUGGACUCCAGCACCUCCGCCUCCAGCUCCGACUCUUCGCAGUCGGACUCUUCGUACUCGUCCGAUUCAGAUGACCUGGAGAACUGGAUGAUCCUGGGUCGAGGGCGGCAGGACGGCGACCAGAGCAUCUCGCUCAACCUGGAGGGAGGGUCCGACGGCACCCAAGAUGCUGAAGGAAAUGAAAGUGACUGGUUGGUUUCUGCCAAGGACCAAGAGGCUCAGAUCUACAACAAAGGCGGCAGGGUGACGACGCUGCGGGUGGCAAAGCGAUACUACACAGACAAGAACGUCCAGUGUAGAAACUGCAGCAAGAACGGACAUCUCUCCACCAACUGCCCCGAGCCCAAAAAGUUGGCGCCCUGCUUCCUUUGUGGCAACCCAGGCCACGGGUCCAAUGGAUGUCCCAACAAGCACUGCAACAACUGCGGCCUGCCGGGACACCUCUACAAUUCGUGCAGUGAACGAGCGCACUGGCACAAGCGGUGCGAGCGGUGCGGCAUGAAGGGGCACCUCUUCGACGCCUGUCCAGAGAUCUGGAGGCAGUAUCACAUCACGACCAAGGCGGGAACUCCCACCAGCCUGCGGCACGACCAGGCGGGGGGGACGCGGCCGGCCUACUGCUACAACUGCUCCAUGAGGGGACACUUUGGACACGCGUGUGGAAGCCAGAAGAUGUACAACUGGACGUAUCACUGCAGCACUUUCAUCAACUACUACGACACGAAGAGAGACAUCAAACGCAGAGAGCAGUCGGUGUCGGCGAAGGCCAAAGAACUGAAGAAAAACGGCUUUUUCACAAACAGUGUUCAGACCCACCUCGCUGCGGGACCGCCCAUUAAGAAACGCAAAUUUGACCAUUACAACCACCACCCCCACCCGCUGGCCCGCCCGCCCCACCAGACCCCCAGCGGCCACAAACCCAACCACAUCUUCUUCAAGGGGGGCGACGUCUUCACGCCGCCCAAAACCAAGAAGAACCAUAAGAACCGGGAGAGCAACGCGAAACCGUGGAAACCCAAGAGGCCGGUUCCCGCCGCCAAAGCCCCCGUCGCCACGGCCAAAGUCAUCGUGGAUGAAGCGAAGGACUUUCCUCGAGGUGGAGGCAAGGGAGGAGAUGUGAAGGCGAAGAAGAAGAAGAAGAUGAUGGGGAGGAGCAAGCAGCAAGCCCACAUCGAGGGUGACCCGGACCGCCUCGGUUGGACCGUCGCGGGGGAGAUGCAGGGGGCGGGGUCCAAGCCGCAGAAGAAGAAGAAGAAGAAGAACCAAAAGCAGAAGAAGACACCCAGAAAGGCGGCCGCGGAGGAGAUGUACCCGACGGAUGAGAACCUGUUCCUCAUCAAGCAGAGGAAGCGCAGAAAAUAGAGGCCAGGACGCACGCCGGUUCACGGCGGCUUUGGGCUCAUCUCAGACUCUCAGUUGGGGAGUUGGAGUGCUGCGUGGAAGAGUUCAUCUGACCUUUUUUUCUUUCUUUUUCUUAGCUGAAGACGCUUUGACGCAGUAGGAAAAGCACAGAUGUAAAUAAUAAGAGUGAUGAAGGCUGAAUGUUUCAGGGUGCGGUUGGGGGUCCUACUGGGACGCCUGAGGUCACAAGUCUACAAGUCUGGUUUAAAGUAACAGCUGGGAGUCCGUGAACGUUACACUCGGUGUCAAUGCAGUUUGGGAAACAGUCAUGAAAAACAUCUAUUGGUUUUCUGCACAGGAACUUAUUUAUUUUUGUCGCUCAGAACUUUCUUUUUUUUUAAGUUUCAAAGUGAAGUGUUAAACACAGAAGUUUAGUUUAGGCAACAAAAAAAUGUAGUGACCAGGAAUAAGGCUCCUGGUUGACUUUCCUCUGCCAGUAAUUUAUUCCAACUAAGACAAAAACAACAAAAAAGUUGUGUCCUUGUACACAAAGCCACAAAUUGGAUUUCAGGACUAUUUCUCAAACUGCCACGAUUACCGAGCUGGAACAUUGAGGUCAUUCCUCCUGUCCAUACUGGUCCCAUAUGAAGACCCCCCCUCAGGCGCCCGGUGAGGGACGGCUGACACAAUUCACUGCUACAAAAUGUAUUUCAACGGGGAAUCUAUCCAAAACUACAGUGAGAGUUAGACAAAUCGUGUCGAUUCCUUUCUAAAGUCCACCAGGGGAACACUGCCCAGGGCAGCAGAAAGGACAGAUGUUGGUACUAAAACAUACGUCACUUUGUGGCUGUCCUCUAGAUUUGUCGAACUCAGGCCGCUGAUAAACGUUUGAAUACAUUUUUGCUCUUAGGACCUACUCUGGAAGCCCUUUAAAAAGAUGUUCACUGUGACUGGCAGGGGUUACAGAACCUUUGUGAAGAUUUCCUUUCAAUUUUAUUAUUUCCACUUGUGAUUUUACUGCUAUGAGGAGUCUUUCUGCUGAGAAAAUAAGGCUGUUUUUAUUCAGUCCAGUAGUUAUUUAAGUCACUUCCUGUGUUAAUGGACAGCGAUUAGUUACUGUUGCCUAAUAACUUUUCAGUUAUUAGUAGAUGGUGUAAUAAGAAAUCGUUCAGAUGAUCGAUUGAUGUCCUUAUUAUAUUCUCCAGUAUAGUUGCUAACAUAAUUCUCUGUUUGAAGUAUAAUCAGAUCAUUUCCUAGCACCUCUGCAUCCCCAAAGAAUGGGAAUUUUUUUGUUCCAAUACUACCCAAAAUGGUCCGUUUCACAUUUAGAACAGAAGAAUUUCCAUUUUUUUCACACUUCAUCUGUAAAUGUUUUAAAUAUGAGCAUAACUGUAAAUACCUCUAUUACACAUGGACCGUUUUAACCCCUUCAACCAUCCUCUACAUCGAGUCUGUUAACAUGAUGACAACAUGAAAAGAGGUUGAGACCGUUGCUUGAUAACAUAAAUACUGGCUGCCUGAAGUCUCCAGCUUGAAUACAACUUGAGUCUGCUUCGUCGUGCUUUUAUUUCCUUCAUUCAGGAACAUAAAUCAUUUUGUGUGAUCAUUAUACCUGUUGACACUGGUCUAUUCAUAAACGGUCCCAUAAUGAUUUGCAUUGCAUUGCAUUGUGAUGCAAUUCAUAUAGAUGAUGCUUUAGUAUCAUUUUAAAGUUGAUAUAAUUAUGUGAACUAAAAUAAACUAUACCAUCAAGAUCACAUUGGGAAGUUAUGGACAAUGGACAAUGCCACCAGUAAUGGUCCAAAAGAAUGAAGACUGGCAUUUCAAGAUUUCAUCUGUCCCACGUUUGUAAACCAAAUAAAACUAAAUGAAUAAAAACAAUAUUUCCUAACGAA